GCUUGUAAAAGGAAUUACCUCAUAUCAAUAAAUGAUUAAAUCCUUGCAUUUUGAUGCUCAAAACAUGGCAAAGAUGAUCUGGAAGAUGUCUUAGACCUCAAAGAUUAAAAAUAUUAUCCAGUGAUAGAAGAAUAUUUCAAUCUCUAAAUCUCAUGUUAUGAUACAUGUUAUGAGAAUGACUACAACAAUUAUUGCACAUGAAAACAGAAGGCACAUCAAAUAUAAAAUAUAUUAGAUGCUAUUAUUUGCUACCUUCAUAUAACUUUUCUCUAUAAUUUUGCUGUUAUCCGUUAAUUAAAUCACACAAUAAUUUCUAUUGAAUCGUAUAAAUGGGAAUCCUUUAUCCAAGAAAACUUAAUACAUUGCGUGCAAUAUACAUAUAAUGGAAUUGUGCUUAAAUGCUUAAUGAGGGAAUCGAUUUUCACUGUGGCCCCUAUUCCACAAACACUUCCAUAAGACAGAUUAUUACUUUCACUUAUCGUAUCUUCUAACUUAGAAGAAACAUUCGAUAAAAUGGGCAUGCUCAAUAUGGAUAUUCGUCAAGUACUUCAUAUUCUGGAACUGACAGGGACGUUUACGUGCACUUGGCCAAUUAAUCCGAAAGACAGUAAAAAAUACAUCAUUAUUCGUAACAUCUUGUGGACAUUCACGAUAUUGAACGUGAUUUUUUUAACAAUAUCCUUGAUGCUUGCUAUUUUUCACUUUCGAAGCAAUAUACCUAAAUCGAUGAAAACUGCCUCAGAGAUGGCUGCUUUGCUCGAAGUCGUUUUGGAUUUGGUUCUCUGCAAAUGGAACAACAGCGAAUUACAGGUUUUGAUAGAAGAAGUCAAGUCGUUCUUGGAGAUGGCCAGCGAAUACGAAAUUAAAAUAUUACAAGGAUAUAUAAAUCGUUACAAAAAAUUCUUCUCAACAGUUUCGAUGGGAUACAUCUUACCUGCAAGCUCGUUCAUUUUGAUGCCUUUGUUCUCUGCCCAAGAAUUACCCGCAGAAGGAUGGCUUCCAUUCUCCAUCGAACCACUCGGAAUAUACUGCGUAGUCUAUGUCAAUCACAUUUAUUGUAUUUUACAAACGUCAUUUUGCAUUUUUGUAGAUUUCACGAUUGUCAUCCUCUUUAGUUUCCCCGCUGCCAAAUUAGAUGUAUUACGAUCAAAAUUGCGGCAUGUGAAUAAUUACGACAUGUUGGUCAGCUGUAUCAAGGAAUAUCAAAAAAUAUUAGGAUUUGUGGAGGAUACUAAUGCUACUGUUGAGACUUUAUUAUUCAAAACGAACGUCACGAUGGGAAGCACUGUGAUAUGCGGAGCUUUCCCCCUGCUUAACAAUCAAUCGUUGGACGUGGUCACUCAGUUCCUUCCUCUGGUAUUGUCAGGCAUGUUGCACUUGUUCGUCAUCUCCUGGCCGGCAGACGAUUUGAGAGAAAGUAGUAUACAAUUCGCAGAAUCGAUCAAUGAUAUUCAAUGGUUGGGUCAAUCAAAAAAAAUGAAAAGUUGCGUGAUUUUCAUGAUGAUAAGAAGUCAGAAAUUAUUUCUCAUUCGAAUGAGUAGUUUAUUACCACCUCUUUCUUUGGAAUAUUGUUCAAAUUUUGUAACUACAGUAUCAUCCUACUUCAUGGCAAUGAGGACUAUGAUUGAAUCAUAAUUAUCCAGGUUUAUAUUAUUUAAAUAUAUAUAAUAUUGAAAGGUGUAAUAAACUUUUCGUUUGAAUAGAUUGAAUAGAAUUGUGCAUGCGUUAUAUUUUUCUAGAAUGAAAUAUAUAAAAAUUAUAAUAUUAGCACCAUCUCUGAAGUAUUAUAAAUGAGGUUGUGGUACAAAACAGCAAAUAAUAGGGAUAAUUAGAGAUGAGAAUUGAUUAUCUUCGCCAUUUUUCGAGUAUUAAAAA